UUUCAUAAAAAUAAAUCGUGUUGAAAAUUAGCAUUUUCAGUUCUGACUUAAUUUACUCCUAAUAAAAGAACUCAUAACUGCAAGAUAAACUACCUUAUUACUUACAUUAAAACAAAUCUAUCCUUGGAGUUUCGUGUCUAUCGUCAUGGAAACUAUAAAGGCGAAUGCAGCGUUCCUGUGUAACUUUGAGGUGAUGCAGAUCCUUCAGCAGCUGAAGGAUAGCACCCAGAAGAAGCACAAAAGAGAGGGGUCACUGGCUACUGUCACAUAUGAGACAGUUCACUACCUACAAGACACAGACUGCAAGAGCCAGAGCUCGCAGGCCAUACAGAAGUUCCUAGAGGCCAUGAAGAAGUUCAAGCUCACCAAGGUGGAGAAGCUCAUGAUGGCCAACAGUCCACCCAGGACAGAACUGGAGAUUCAAUUGAUAGUACAAGAAAGUGAAGAACGCUUAUCAGAAGACGAAGUGCGUGAAAUCAUAGACAUCGUGAACGCAUGUCUGCCGGCCGCCGAGCCGUCCUGACCUGCCGGCGUAGGGCUAGAACCGAGAACUUGAUUACAAUUAGGUUAGUAUCAGAUCUCAACUGGUUUAUGGCAUCAAGAAAACAAUGAAAGCAAUGGAGUCGGCCGGUCGAAGUAUUUUACAGAUGGCCAGUCAGUGCUAUGAAUAGUGUCAAAUACUUCUUUUUACCUCAAAAGGAAAAAACGGAACGGAACGAUAGGAUCACUUCGUUGUCCGUCCGUCCGUCUGUCCGUCAAGACCCUUUAUCUCGGGAACGCGUGGAGGUAUCGAGUUGAAAUUUAAACCAUAUACUCAGGUCUUUAUGGCCUGGAUGAUUAAAGGGCUAGUUUAAGCCAGAUCUCAUAAAACAAAACUAGAGACAGGUAAAUUCUAUGCUGGCUGUCAGUGCAAAGACCGCUACGUUAUGCCCUCUUAAUUUUUAGAUCAAUUGACGCUAUAGAUACGUUGAGGUUCUCAUAAUUAGAUACAUACCUGAUUAACCUUUUCGAUGCCAACGACGGAUAUAUCCGAACCGCAGGUACAACGCCAAUAACGGAUUAAUCCGUCACAGACCACAGAGUAAUAUAGACCUGCGUGCAUAUGCAUAAAGUUCCAUUUCAGUUUUGAUACUUCGGUGACGUGGCGUCCGAGUGACAGCUUUUGUGUUUGAGACGGCGUCGAAAAGGUAAAUCUUGUUUCGCGAGCCAGACUCAUUUUGAGUUCAUAAUUAAAUUACCUUUAGUUAAAUGAAAUGAAAUAGGUAAUGAAUGAAUGAUGGAUUUUUCAUGUCAUUCUUAAUUAUUGUAAGACUAGUAUAAGCCU